CCACCUGCCAGCGGAACCUUUGUCACUUGGCUAGAGGGGAGGUGUUUCUCUGGAGUACCGCUCGGCUGUUUAUUUCCGUUGAGAGGCGGAAGUGGCUACAAGGGGCUUGUGGAGUGUAUACACAUCGUCGGUGCCAUGGGAGCUCACCUGGCAAGACGGUAUGUCAGCGAGACGGACACCGAGCCGGACCCUGCAAAGAAAUUCGAGUUCGACCCCCAGUUGGGUUUUCCAGAGAGGACCGAGAGAGAGAUGAUAGCAAGCCAGGAGCAGAUGAACUUGGCCAUGCUGCCUUUGGAUCAGAGGGACUACUGUGCCCAGUACCUCUUGAAACUCAUGAAGUGCAAGAGAGACAACUGGCCCAACUUCCUGGCCUGCAAGCAUGAGAGACACGAGUGGGACUACUGCGAACACCAGGACUACGUGAUGCGUAUGAAGGAGUACGAGAGAGAGAGGAGGCUCCAGCUGAGGAAGAAAAGAAUAGAGGCUCAGGCUGAAGCUGCAUGAUCUGUGCAUCCUCCAAUGCUUCUUCUUCUCUGUAUAUAUGUGCCGCUGCUCACAAUAAACAAUACUGUUUAAACUCUACA